UUGGUGUUGCCGCCGCUCUCACCAUGGCUUGGGUCUGGACUGCGCCACAGCCUCUCGGGAGACGUGGGUCCUCGAAGCCUCUUUAGUGCCGGAGUUUGGGCCGCAGGCAGCUCAGCGGCAGCAGGAAAGCAGAACCUCUGGAUGGACUCUUCCUGGGAAGCUUUGCUAAUUAGCAGCAGCUGGACAAUGUUCCUCAUUAACAUCUGUUUGUCAGCAUAGUCGUCACAUCAUUUCACUGUGGUGGCAGGGACUCAGCUCCGAAUUUUAUAUAGAAAAAGCACCUGGAUCCCAGUCUUUCUUUCAAUGGCUUCAAGACAACCAGAAGUACCUGCUCUUGAGCCUAGUGGGCCUCUAGGCAAGAUGUCUCUGCCUAUCGGGAUGUGCCGCUGGGCAUUCAGCUAUGAUGAUGCCCUCGAGGACCCUACGCCCAUGACUCCUCCUCCAUCGGACAUGGGCAGCAUCCCCUGGAAGCCAGUGAUUCCAGAGCGCAAAUAUCAGCACCUCACCCAGGUGGAAGAAGGAGAUUCCCCUGCCAUGACCCUGUCAUCGGCCACUGACAUUAUGGACAAGGUCCCAGUGGUGAAGGCUAGAGCCACCCAUGUCAUCAUGAAUUCUCUGAUCACAAAACAGACCCAGGAAAGCAUUCAGCAUUUUGAGCAACAGGCAGGGCUGAGAGAUGCUGGCUACACACCCCACAAGGGCCUCACCACCGAGGAGACCAAGUACCUUCGAGUGGCAGAAGCACUCCACAAACUAAAGCUCCAGAGUGGAGAAAUAACAAAAGAAGAGAAGCAGCCUCCAUCAGCCCAGUCCACCCCGAGCAGCAUCCCCCAUUCGUCCCCUAAGCAGAAGUCCAGAGGCUGGUUCACUUCUGGUUCUUCCACAGCCUUACCAGGCCCAAAUCCUAGCAACAUGGAUCCUGGAAGUGGGGAUAAGGACAGAAACUCGUCAGAUAAAUGGAGCUUCUUUGGACCAAAAUCCCUCCAGCAGUAUGAUUCAGGAGGUUUUGCCGCCCAGGCCUACGGAGGAGCCCAGAAGCCCUCUCCAAUGGAAGUGAUCAGUGCCCAGGCCACCCGAAUGGCUGAAGAUCCAGCAAACUUCAAGCCACCCAAAAUGGACAUUCCAGUGAUGGAAGGGAAGAAACAACUGCCACGGACCCAUAAGCUCAAACCCCGUGACUUGAAUGUGCUCACACCCACUGGCUUCUAGAGCUCUUUCUUUUCCAGGGACUCUGGAUAGAGGGUUUAUUUCAUUCCCCCUUUACCUUGGCUCUGACAUAGGAAAGGCAUAUUUGAAAAAACCUCUUAAACUGAGGGUAGAGCUGGAAACAUUUGGUUUUUGAGACACAUUAGUGUAAAGCUUGUCCUUCUGUGAAAGAAGCCAUUUUGUAGUGCUUUAAAGUUAGAUUAGAUCAUCUCAGCAGUGAUGUAUGGGGGACCUCAUGAUCUAUUUUUGUAUCAUUUACCCUAGACAAGAACUUUGAUCAUUGCUUAUUAGGUAAAUAAUGUUUGUGCUCUUCCAAAACCCAAGUUUCUUGAUUCUUUUGCCAUUGUCAGCAUGAACAGUGACAAAUCAUGGCAUAGAGGUGCUCACUGAGUAGUCUAGACAACUUUGGCCCUCUUGACUGCUGGUGCUGUGCUCCAGCCUUAUCAGGGGGACCUAAGAUCUGUUCGAGAUUUGGAUACAGUUAAAAGCCAGACUUGGCAGGGACCCCCCUUUCUAGGCUGAAACUGGAAUCACCUUGCUUUUUGGUGGAACUGAUGGGUCUCUUUGUUCUCCAGCCUGUUCUUUUUGUGGUGGCUCUUGGGCUGGUGCUGUUGGAGGGAGC